UGAGAACCGGCGCCCAUGUGGGACGGUGUUGCUUGCAAGUGGAGGUUUAACUCAGUAAGCCACCGUGCCAUCCCCAAGAGAAUCCUUUAUCAAACUGGAGUCAGCUUGGACCCCCUUCUCUGCCCAGCACCACCUGUCACCCCCAGCAGAUACCUGCAAGUCCCCCUCCUUGGACCCGGAGUCCCCCUGCUGGUCAGAGCACUGGCCAGCUCUGGGUUCAGUGGAGUGAGAGAUGAGCUCAGCGGGGCUUGUGUCCCACCCUGGCUGCAGCGGGGAAACAGGUGCCUGGAGUCAGAGAAGAGGCCUCUGAGGUGUGGAGUUGAGCGUGCCCCUCAUGGGCACAGGAGAGUGACGGGGUGUGGGCACCCCUCAGCGCAAAGGAAGGGAGGGAGAGAUGGCCCGGCCGUGACGGACGGGGUGGCCCCUGGUCACUGCCGAUGAGGGAGGGCCGAGGGCCACUUGCUGGGCUCCACAGCAGGGGUGCCCUUGAGGCCGAGGGGAUACAAGCACCCCCUCCAGCAGGAGUGUUCCCUGGGUGUUCCACCAUGCAGCUGAAGAAGAGGGAGGGGGGUCAGCGAGAAAAAGAGGGCCUCACAAGCCACUCUAAGGACCGGAGUGAGGCAGGCCCAUGGGAGUGGGGACAGUUCUGGACAGGCCCCCGCUGGCCGAUAGCUGCCAUCAAGAGUGAGAGGCACAGAGAGCCCAGCGAGGAAGUCCAAGCAGGGGCUGGGGUCUCAGCGCACAGGAAGGGGUCCAGGAUGAGCUGGUUCCCGGAGACCUGGCAGCAGGUGCAACCCCGGGCAGUCGCUGUAGAGGUGGAGUCCAGGCGGCCUCCGCGUCCCUGGUGGACAUAGUGCCUCUGCGAUCAUAUCCUGCAGGCGGUGUCCCACCCAGUCCGUCCUCCCACUCAGUCCCCCGGCCUCCCUCUGUCUUCAGAGCUGGCCCCACGCGCUCUGGACAGCUCUGGAGCCCGGGUUGGCGAUGGCCCCUUGUCCCUCUGAGCAGAGCUAUGAUGGGGUGGCUACCUUUCACCCCCGCAUCACACACCCACGUGUCUUCUCUCUGUGUCCCGCAGAGGCCGAUCCCCGCCGCCAUGCCUGCCCCACGGUGCGCCUCAUGCCACGAGGCCCGCGCCGCCCUCCGACGCCCCAGCUCAGGGCAGGCGCUGUGCGGCGCCUGUUUCUGCGCCACCUUUGAGGCCGAGGUGCUGCACACGGUGCUGGCGGGCCGCCUGCUGCCGCCGGGCGCCGUGGUGGCCGUGGGCGCCUCGGGAGGCAAGGACUCCACGGUGCUCGCUCAUGUGCUGCGCGCACUCGCCCCUCGCCUGGACAUCUCUCUGCACCUCGUGGCCGUGGACGAGGGCAUCGGGGGCUACCGGGACGCGGCGCUGGCGGCCGUGAAGCGCCAGGCCGCGCGCUGGGAGCUGCCGCUCACCAUCGUGGCCUACGAGGAUCUCUUUGGGGGCUGGACCAUGGACGCCGUGGCCCGCAGCACGGCCGGCACGGGCCGCAGCCGCUCCUGCUGCACCUUCUGCGGGGUGCUGCGGCGCAGGGCGCUCGAGGAAGGAGCUCGCCUCGUGGGAGCCACGCACAUCGUGACAGGCCACAACGCGGACGACAUGGCGGAGACCGUGCUGAUGAACUUCCUGCGGGGUGAUGUGGGGCGGCUGGCCCGGGGCGGGGGUCUGGGCUCGCCGGGCGAGGGGGGCGCCCUGCCGCGCUGCCGCCCGCUGCAAUUUGCCUCGCAGAAAGAGGUGGUGCUGUACGCGCACUUCCGGCGCCUGGACUACUUCUCCGAGGAGUGCGUGUAUGCGCCCGAGGCCUUCCGCGGCCACGCCCGCGACCUGCUCAAGCUCCUGGAGGCGGCGCGGCCAUCGGUGGUGCUGGACCUCGUGCACUCGGCCGAGCGCCUGUCGCUGGCCCCGGCCGCGCGGCCCCCGCCCCCCGGCACCUGCUCCCGCUGCGGGGCCCUCGCCAGCCACGCGCUCUGCCAGGCCUGCGCCCUCCUGGACGGCCUCAACCGAGGCCGGCCCCGCCUGGCCAUCGGCAAGGGGCGCCGGGGACUGGACGAGGAGGGGGCACCGCCCUCAAGGCCGCAGGGUGGUGAAGGGGGUCAGGAGGGCGUCCCCGCCUCUGCACCCAUCCCCACCUUCUAGUGACGCUGCCUGGAACUGGGGCUGGGGGCGGGGUCCCACAUCACUGACAGUGUGAAUAAACCUGUGUAACUCUU